AUGGCCUCCGUCAAUCCAGCGCCAUCCGCAGCCCGCAACGUCAACCCUUCAACCUCAGUUUCGGAGAAGAAGGCCCCAAUCGAGCUUACUCCUUCCGAUGCUGACAGCAUCCCUUCGGACCUCGUCGACCACCAUCGAGCACUCCGGCCGCUUUCACGCCGGCAUACGCUUCCCCCGCUGCCCGAUUUACGGUUUGAGCAGAGCUAUCUCUCGAGCAUACGAGGCGCGGAUACAUGGGGGCGGGUAGCGUGGAUUACUAUUAGAGACCAGGUCCUGUUACCGCUUGUUCAAGGUACGCUUUGGACGCUUGCGCUGUCGGGGUGGCGCUUCUGGAACCGCACUGCAUCGCUCAGCGGACAAACGCUUGGUAGUAGGAUAAGGAGAUGGUGGUAUGGAGUCAAUAACUGGAAGCUCCCCCCUCUUACGCCCAAGAACCCGAAAGCAGCUGCUGCGCAGGUCGAAGACUUCUAUACAGCGCAAUUCUCUAACGCGGGUGCCGAUUAA